UAUAUUGCGCGCGACCAAACACGGUUGUCCGCGUCCGCGUGGGCUGCCGUCGCAUGUCACACAAUCAUGACUUCUGCGGCGUUCUGUGGAGAGUGGUUUGUUUUCACCUGCGACAAGAAACUCGUAGCAAUUCACAGCAAAGAGACCAGAGAACCGUUUGUGUUUGACUGCAGCACUGCUGAGAAGAAGCCAAAGAACAUAAAGGAUGACGACAACAGCAGUCAGGGCGGUGCCACAGAGGAAACUGGAAGUGACAAAGUCCUCGCCUUUGCCGUGUCUCCAUCUGGAAAUCUGGUGGCAUUGACUGAUGACACCAAGAGACUGGCUCUGUUUCACUGUGAGCCAUCAUGGCGUUUCAUCAACAUCACGUGGGUGGUGAGGAGAUGUACGUCCUUGGUAUUUAGUCAGGCUGAGGACGAGCUGCUGGUAGCUGACAAAUCUGGAGAUGUGUACUCUUUCUCAGUUGUGGAGCCACACAGGGAGGGCAAGCUGAAGAUGGGCCACCUGUCCAUGUUGCUAGCUGUGACCAUAUCGCCGGACAACAAGUACAUCAUCACAGCUGACCGUGAUGAGAAGAUCAGAGUUAGCCACUUCAGGUCUCCGUAUGUCAUCCAGUCCUUCUGCCUGGGACAUCAACAGUUCGUCAGUGCCCUGCACAUCCCAUCAGGACAUCCACAUUGGCUGCUGUCUGGAUCAGGGGAUGGAACAGUGAAGCUUUGGGAGUAUGAGUCCGGCCGCAGGCUGCAGAGCUGGGACCUCAGACAGUUUGGAGAGACACCAAACUGUGAGGCUGACAAAGAGAAGAAUCCAACUGUGUGCCGAAUCAUUAGCUCCCCUGAUGGACGCCAUGUCGCUGUGCAGUGUGAAAGAAUGUCCACAGUUCAGUUUUUCACUCUGUGCAAGGAAGGCAAAGAGACUCUUGUGCCACACAGCAGACUGUCCCUGCCUCACUGUCCCCUGGACAUGACCUUUGACUUGGAAGGACAGCUCUGGGUAGUCAUGGACUCCAAUGAUGCGCCACUCCAAGUCUACACACUCAGACAAAGCACCUGGCAGUGUGAUACUCAGAACCCAGACCUUAACAGAGUGAUUGAAGCCUUCAUGCCACACUGGGAGUCUCUUGAGGCCUCCACAAGGAAGAACAACCGCUUUGAGCACCUGUACAAAGUGGGCUUUGACAAUGUGGCAGAAUACAAGCAAAAGAAGCAGCAGAGACUAGAGGAGCAACAGCUGAAGAGGACGAUGGCUCAGAAGGCAAAUGGCAAUAAGAAGACCAAGAGAGAGGCAUCGGAAACUCCUACCAAGCCAUCUGUCUGAAUGAACACCUUGAAGAUAGCGCCAUUAUUUCCUUUAUACUUGAUGUUUUGAGUGAUAGAUCUGAGUUGACUGUGCGCUGGUGGAGUAUUUGCAUUGUGUGCAUCACCUCAUGUUCCCCGUAGAUGAAUUUUUUGUUUGGGUAAAAUUUGUCAGAUUUUUUUUUUUUUUUUUGCAGCUACUAUUGAACUUAGGCUUCUGUACCUGCCAUCAUUAUUGAAUGAAACGUGCUGUUUGUGAGUGUGCAAAUUAUGCUCUCCUCUCACACUUGCAACUGCUCUUCGAUGUGUACUUGUUACUUAUUUCUGAAGCAUUACGUUCCGUGUACAGAGUUGAUGCAGCUCAUAAAUUUGGAUUUGCAGAAUGUGUGAGCAGUAUCCUGUUUGUGGAGGGUAACAUAAUUACCUGCACGAGCACAUUCCAUGAGUAGCAAUUAGGAGAAGGCAGGCGAGUAGUAGUGUAAAGUUUCCCUUGGUCUUUUUCUACAGCAGCAAUUUUGACUAGAGUGUAAGCUCAGGUUUUACUAAGAACAUCAACUCUGUUCCAUUCAGGUGAGUUGGCAUGCACAAUAGCAGAGCUGUUCCUGAGUCCACUGGUCAUUGAAAAAGUGACUUAAAAGCGGACUAGAUAACUAAUUUUACUUUGUGAGACUGAAGAACAUACUUAAAAUUCAACUCUGCAUUCAGUUUGCAGAAUUCAGAUUCUGUCACACUGCCAAAUAUUUGGAUCAUGAAGAGUGAAAGUGAGCAGAUCCACAGAACUCAAUCAUAGACUAUAUAAGAAAGGCGGACAUUGCUACUGUGACAUAACAUAUUUGUUUUUGCCACAGACUGCAUCAGAAAAGUCUAUCUUAUCUGUAUAUUCUUUGUAUAGUCUAUAGGCCAGUUGCUACAUUCAUCCUCCUUAUACAGUCUAUGAGCUGAAUCAGCUGAUGAGCAUCUGUAGUAUAGAAUCACAAAGGAUGUGUCUCCUGCUGUACAAAGUGAAACCAAAACCUUCUGGACAGUGUUACUUCUAGUGGAUCCCUGAUAUAGAGGUUUCUACAGGACUGAAGCAUCAGGACAUUUUUUUUGUUCAGUUAAGAGUAGCGUUUUGUAAGCUAAACAGUUUUCAACUAGUUAGCUAAUACAACAAGUAGCCUAAUGUGAGCUAUGUGGAAAAAAGCAGGAGAUUGGUAGCUCAGAUUUUUUUUUCAGUUAUUUGGAGAAGUCAUUCACUUAUACUGCUGUUCUUUGUAUUAUUAUUGGAGUAUAUUUUUGGAGUAUUUUGUAAAUCAACAAAUGAUGAGAAGACUUAUAUUCUAAGUGAAAUCUAUAGCUUUAUGCUGAGCUUUUAUGAUGUGUGACACGAUCAAAUGGAUAAGUCUGUACUUACAGCUGCAAUAUGUAAUAAGUGAUGACAGAAGAUCAUUUUUAUUUGAGAGAACCUGCCAGAAAAUGUCUUCCCAGUCAAACAUCUUCCCAGUCCAGCUUGAUCUCUCCAAUGAGCUUGUCACUCUUACCGUUUUGGAGAAUGGGUCAGAAGAAGGGUCUUUUUUCCAAACUGCUGAACCCAGGCAUUCAGGCCAAGCUUGCAAAUCGUGGUCUCUCUUGCUUGCUUCUGCCCACAGCGAAUGAAGCCGACACCAAUUAUGGAGCUUUUGGAUCCUCCUGAUUUUGAAAGAAAAAUUACUUUUCUAAAACCUUGUGCUGGUGUGUUAUUACAUUUAAGAUAUUUAGUUUUCCAUAUUUUGCCAAUGUGCAGUGUGCUCUGUUAGUGUAUAAUGGCUCUAACUUAGUAUGACAUAGCUUAGUUUACUUAUUUCUCAAAUUGAAAAAAGGCUAAUGUCACAAUAUUAGAUUUGCAGAUAUUUUCAUAGCAUUUUCAUUGCACUGAAACAGCCCUUCUCAAAGUCACCAACGACAUCCUCCUCUCUGCAGACUCUGGCCUCCUCAUCAUGCUCGACCUCACUGCAGCCUACAACACCAUCAACCACUCCAUCCUCCUCUCCUGCCUGGAAUCACUCAGCAUCACCUGGAUCAGGUCAUAUCUUUAAAACAGACAACAAUUCAUCAGCAUCAAUAACUGCCCCUUCUCUGUCAGUCCUCUGCUGCAAGACGUCCCUCAGGGUUUGGUGCUUGGUCCCCGCCUGUUCAUCCUCUACAUCCUCCCUCUUGGCAAUAUCAUCCGCAAACAUGGUCUCCACUUUCACUGCUAUGCUGACGGCAUUCAGAUCUAUAUUUCAACCAAAUCCAUCUCCCCAACAACCUGCUCCACCCUGACCAACUGCCUGAGUGAAAUAAAAACGUGGAUGCAAAAUAACUUUCUUCAACUGAACUACAACAAAUUAGACAUGAUAAUCAUCGGCCUCAAAUCCCUCACAAAAAACACUGACAGCUUCACCCUGACCACUGAUAACUCCACUCUGUCCCCAUCACCUCACAUCUGUAAUCUGGGACUCAUUCUUGAUAGCAACCUCACCUUCCAACAACACAUCAACCAGAUCACCCAGACCGCCCUCUUUCACCUCAAGAACGCACACACAAGUCACUCUCCUUCCCUGCUGCUGAAACCCUCAUCACACCCUUAUCACAUCCUGAAUUGAUUACUGCAACAGCUUUCUUUAUGGUUCAUCCUCAAAAUUCCUCAAUAAACUUCAGUAUAUCCAGAA